AUCCGACUGAGACUGAAAAACAAUAUCCAAGUUUCCUGGACUCUACAUGAUACAACAUUCUCGCUUUUCCAAUUACAGAAGCUUCCAGGUCAUGUAUACCGCCCCAAUACGGCUCGGGGUCGCUGUUUCUACUUUAACAGGCGUUUGGGUAUUCUACAAGAAAGGGGGUGGGACCAAAUUGCUACGCUACACGAUGAAGGGGUCUUCCGUGCGGCAGGUGUUUUGGCGUCUACGGGAUGGUUACGCAAACGGGAGGAUACAGAUUGCUUGUCUAAGGCCUCACGAGAAUCCAAGAUGCUAGGGCGGGUACAUGAUAUCAGCCAAUAUCAACACUUGUUCAGAUCUUUGCCUUUACCUAGGAAUGCAAAUUGUGAUGUGCUCUCCUUGCAUAGUCCCAAGCACUGUCCCCUAAUCGCGUGCGUCGGCUGUCCCCGCUUUCGCGUUUCAGGUAACGUUAUGUGGGGAUAAGGCUGUCGAUCUCACACGUAUUCGAUGAGUUGGCGGACUUUUGUGCGCGGCC